ACCGUGCGGCCGCGGGCGAGCGGAGAUGCCCCGGACCCAACAAGAUAGGGGGGAGCCAAAAUGGCGCUGCUCUCACCACCCUCCCCGCCUCCUCCGCUCCCGCCACUUCGCCGCCGCCCCGCCUCUCCCACACUCCUCGCCGUCGCGACGAGACCUAGCUCUCUCCUCUCCCUGCCCCACUGCCACUGCGGCCUCCCCCUCCCUUCUACAGCCAACGCACGGGCGUAUUCCCGUAGCAGCCGCCGCCGCCGCCGCGUAGCUGCCUCGCUCGGCCAGGACGAACCUGGAGUGUCAGACACAGCUGUCGCUCCUGAGGGAGAAGGGGAUUCCGAACCGCCGGCUUCCUCCGAUGGAGCCGCAGGCGACAUCGCGGCUUCCGCCGAGCAGCCGGAGGCGAGCCCCGAGGACUUGGAGGAUAUCCGCCAGGUCAAAAGGGUGCUUGAGCUUCUUCAGAAGAACAGGGAUAUGACCUUUGGCGAGGUUAAGCUAACUAUCAUGAUUGAGGAUCCUAGAGAUAUAGAAAGGAAGAGAUUACUCGGCAUAGAGGAUCCUGAUGAAAUCACCAGGGAUGAUUUGGCUGAUGCUUUGGUUGAGGUUAAUGAAGGCCGGAUUCCAGAAAACCGUGUUGCCCUUCAGUUGCUUGCGAAGGAGAUGACUGAAUGGCCAGAUCUUGAGAUGGAAGCUCCAAAAAAGAAGAGUAAACCUGGGAAAUCUGUCUAUGCAAAGGCUACAGAUACAGGCAUUGAUCCUGAGACAGCUGCUAAAAGACUUAACAUUGAUUGGGAUUCUGCUGCUGAUUUGGAUGAUGAAGAGGAGGAAGAUGAUGAAACUGAAGUGCCCUCCGCAGUGGGAUAUUCUGCUCUAUAUCUGUUAACUGCCUUUCCUGUCAUUAUUGGAAUAUCAGUCGUGUUGAUUCUUUUCUACAAUUCUCUACAGUAGUUCAGCCCUGCUCAUCUUUGCUUCCCGAGGCAGAUAUCCUCCUCCUUUUAUUUUCUUUUGUAAAUCUGAGUCAGCUUAAUCUUCAUUAUUGUGAAGAAAUGAAGAUGUGAAAUAGUUUCUGUGGUGAUAUGACAACUGACAAGAUAGUAAAUCCGUGAAAUGCAUAUUACCAAAAUAGAAGGCUUGAAAAUAGUUUUUUCCCUGAGA